AUGUCCAAGUUCGGCGUUUUGGUAAUGGGCCCCGCGGGCGCAGGCAAAACCACCUUCUGCAAUGCCCUCAUCCAACAUCUCCAGACGACACGACGCAGCUGUUUCUACGUGAAUCUCGAUCCGGCCGCCGAGACCUUUAGCUACGAGCCGGAUCUCGACAUCCGCGAGCUUAUCACCCUCGAAGAUGUGAUGGAGGAGCUGGGGCUUGGCCCCAACGGCGGCCUUAUCUACUGUUUUGAGUUCCUCCUGCAGAACCUCGAUUUCCUGUCCGAGGCGCUCGACCCGCUCAGCGAGGAGUACCUGAUCAUCUUCGACAUGCCGGGCCAGAUCGAGCUGUACACGCACGUCCCGCUACUCCCGUCACUGGUGCAGUUUCUCUCCCGCGCCGGACCCCUCAACAUCAACCUGUGCGCCGCCUACCUGCUUGAGAGCACCUUCGUCGUCGACAAGCCCAAGUUCUUCGCUGGCACCCUCAGCGCCAUGUCCGCCAUGCUCAUGCUCGAAAUGCCCCACGUCAACAUCCUCACCAAGAUGGACCAGCUGAACGUCCAGGACGAGGACAGCGUCGCCGCGGUGCUGAGCUACAUCGACGACGCCAUUCAGUUCCACGAGGCGCAGGAGCCGCGCGAACCGGGCGAUGAGCAGGAGGUCGAUUACGAGGAUCCGGAUGUGUGA